AUGGGAGAUCAAGGUUUAGUUUCUUCCCUUCCUCCCUCCCCUUCUCCUACCACCGUCACCACUCCGGACAUCAUCAUUCUGGCUACUCUCAAAUUCCUCAUCUCCAACAUCAAAAACCUCAUUCCGAACCAGCUAACCAUUGAAAAGUAUGCCAUUUGGAGAACUCAAAUCCUACAGCAGUUCUCAGCCAAUGGGUACGCCGGCCACCUAUCGGGAUCUACCACACAGCCGUCCGACGCCACCUUUGCGGAACAUACGACCUGGAAUCUCAUUGACAGCAACCUUAUUUCAACCCUCUUCUCCACCAUCACACCAUCCAUUCUACCAUAUGUCAUUACCGCCUCCACCGCUCAAGAAAUCUGGAAGAUUCUUGAACAUCGCCUGCAGCCUUCGAGUCGUUCUCGUGUUCUUCAACUCAAGAACGAACUCCAUCAUGUGCAGAUGAAAAACCUAUCUAUGCAGCAAUACCUUUCCCACAUAAAGAACAUUGUCGACACCAUUGCCGCAUCCGGAUCCAAAAUCGAUCACGAGGACAUAAUUCUUCACAGCCUCAACGAACUUCAGUUGCCUUACAACUCCUUUAAGGCAGCAUUUCGGACUUCCUCCCUACCUGCCGAUCUAGAUAAUCUGUACUCGCUUAUGUGUAGCGAAGAAAUCCAUGUAAAUCAAGAACUUCUUAAAGAUCAAUCAGCUACCGCAUUGUACGCCUCCUCCUGCAACCAGACGCGAAAUCGAAAUCAAAAGCAAUCCUUCAAGAACAAGAACGGCCCGCCCAGACCACCUAUUUCAAACCAGACUCCAUCGAACACUGUUCCAUCCACGACAACGCGCCCAACUUGCCAAAUAUGUGGCAAGACUGGACACAUUGCCAUAAACUGUUGGCACCGGUGUAACUUCAAGUACGCACCGACCACCACCUCCGGUUCCAGGAUUCUCAAGAUCAACGACUUCUUCUUCGUGGUCAUCUUCGUAAUGGCCUAUACCAUCUACAACCGUCUCCAGACACUUCCGCUAUGGCUCUACAAGCAAGAACCACAUCCUCUCAGUUGUGGCAUGCCCGAUUGGGACAUCCCAAUCAACGUCUGCUUAAUUCUUUAG